UAAGACUACUAGAUCUUUCACAAAAUAAACUUUCUGGUUCUAUUCCUCCUUGUGUCUUCAACAUUGCUCCCAUGGUUGGUUCAAGAAGAAUGAGCUAUCAUUAUCAGUUCAGUCUCGAUUAGUUUUGGAUUUGGAGAGGCCAAGAGGUGGAGUAUCACGACACCUGGCUGUUAAAAAAUCUUGACCGUUCAACGAACAAUCUGUCCGGAGAAAUCGCACCAGAACUUUUUGGCCUCACUCAAUUGGGGUCCUUGAACUUGUCUAGAAAUCAUUUGAUGGGGAAGAUACCAAGCAACAUUGAUAGCAUGAAAAAUUUGGAGUCCCUUGAUCUCUCCUACAAUAAUCUUUCAGGGGAAAUUCCUGCCGCCAUCUCUGAUCUGUCUUUCCUAAGUUUCCUCAAUUUGUCAUACGAUGAUUUGAUCGGACAAAUCCCAUUAGGCAUUCAGGUUGAGACAUUGGAUGCAUGGAGCUAUGGUGGGAAUCCCAGACUUUAUGGACGUCCUUUAACAAAGCAUUUCUCCAAGGAUGUAAAUCCUGAUGAGGCAAAGCAAGGUGGAGCAAAUGGCUCUCAAAAUGAGUUGCUCUAUCUUGGGAUUGGAGUAGGAUAUAUUGUAGGCUUAAAUGGAUUUUGGUAUUCUUUGAUCCUCAAUAGAGCAUGGAGACACAAAUAUUUUCGGAUCCUGGAUCAUAUUCUGGACUGGCUUUAUUUGUUUGUAGCUCUCAAGUUAAAUAAGGUUGGUUAAUUAAGAGCAAGUUCUGGAUGAAGUGAAAGACCGAUUGGAUACUUACAAGAAAAGCUUCUUGGAAAAGUGGUAAUGCCAAAAGCUACUUUUAAAUAACUUAUUUAAUGUUUGGAUGUAAAUCUGCCUCUUAUUUAAAUGAUAAUGGUGUUUGUCAUUUGGUUGUAAAUUGUAUUUGCAUGUAUAAGUGCUUUUGUUUAAUAAAAAUUACUAAA